AUGUGCCUACAGUUGCCCAUCUUCAGGCUCAAAAUGCUAAGUUAUAUGGGAGCUCCACCCAUUGAAAAUAUUUGCCAGGUAAUUCCCUUGGGAAGGGCCUUGUUAGCACCAGUAUAAAAACAACUGCAGAAUGUUUAGAAAACAGCUAUUGACUUCCUCUACAUAAGGACUGAAGCUAUUGGGGGCAACCAUGUCUACUAAGGAUGUUAAAACCUUUGCUCAACAAGCACAGGGCACUGUGCAAGAUGCGGCAAACAGCUUGGGAAAGGCUGCACAGCAAGGUGUGAACCAAGUGACAGACGCGGGUCAGAAAGUGGUGGAUCAGACGUGCAAAGUAGUGAAAGAGGGCAUUGAUAAAGCAACUGAACAAGCAGGGAACACAGUAUCCGGUCUUGAGAAGAAACUUGGACUGAAGAAAUGAUGGCUAUUUAAAACACCAGAACCAUUCUUCAAUCUAUGUGUUCCUUUUUUUGUACCUAUCAUAUGUAUCUUUGUAGAAAAUGUGGGAGAUGUUCUCCUUCCAUUUCUGUUUUGAUCACAUGCAUUCCAAAGAGAAAAGCAAAAUGAUUGUACAGCAGCCUUCAGAAGGAGCUCUCCUCUCAUGAUCUGGAUGACCAAAUUGUGUAUUAACAGCUGCAUUAUUUGGGGAGGGGGGCUUGACCAGUUGCAGCUGGGGGUGGGCAGUAGCUUUCUGCAUACUCCAGUCUUUUAUAUAAUGCUAAUGGUAAUAACAAAUGUCUAAACCCACCCCAAACAAUAUUUUUAUCUUCUUUCCCAUUCUCUCCUCAUCUUGCACAUACAAAUGACACACUGAAGUACUGUAAAAGGAUUAAACAAGGAGGGGACAGUAACGAUAUCCAAAAUUCACUAUUAGGUCCCUCACUAAAGUGCAAAUUAUGCCAUGACUUAAGUACUUGGUGAUCAUUACAGUGGUUCUAUGCAAGACCAGCCUGUGCUAUGCCAUGUCUGCUCAUGAUUAAAGCUCAAAACUUUAGA